AAAUAGUCGAGUCAGAUAAUUCGCUGCGUUGUCAGACAUCUUCGAGACACUCGAAUUGCUGUCUGUUCGUCGAGAGGGUAAUAUCGACUUCUUAAUUACGGAUUGCAACACGCAUGUCCUCACCCAAGGUGACGUGGAGCGAUGUCUGGACUCUGAGGGCGAGGAUGAAGGCAGUGUUUGGGGUAUGGACGCUCUGGAUGGCAGAGAUGCUCAGGAUAAACUCAGUCUGACGACCAGCGAGGGCACCGAGCCUGGCAGUCCCGUCCUGUGUGCCCGCUCACACAGUCGGAGUCCACCGGGAAGGAGCUGGUGCGAGACAGAAACCACAUGCCUCAAAAACACGCCAGCAGACCCAGAACACAUCAACAGCAGCAUGUACAGUCAAAGCGACGCUCGUGUCUUAGAGAACGAUCCCCGUUACGACUCGAUGGUGCAGCUGAGAAAAUUGUCACAUCUUCUCAGUCCACAACGCAAUGGAGCCGUGAACUUGUACCAUAUAGGCGGCGUUCAUGGCAACGUGUCACCCGUCUGCUGGUCACCAGAAGAACACGAGUCACCCGAGGGGAAAGACGGUGUACCCCGGACCUCUCAUGGCACACGGAUGCCAAUUCAAACAAGCCCAUAUUGCCAGCGGACGUACCGUCAUGAUGCCUCUCUGAGGGAACAUGUGAAGUUCUGCCAGGACAGAGACGGAGGGGACAACCUUUGCCCUCUCUGUGGGUACAGUACGCCAUACCACGCACAAAUGGAACGCCACCUCAGCCUUCACUGCCAAACUCAAGACAAGAAUGCCAUGUCUGAUUCAGCCAUCGAGAACAGGAAGUUUAAGUGUAGUCAGUGCGGAAAAGCCUUUAAAUACAAACAUCAUCUCAAAGAGCAUCUGCGCAUUCACAGCGGUGAAAAGCCGUACGAGUGCUCGAACUGUAAGAAGCGUUUCAGUCACUCUGGGUCCUACAGCUCUCACCUCAGCAGUAAAAAGUGCCUAAGUGGAGGCGGGACAGGAAAUGGAGCUCAUUUUAAUGGCCACUCCCACCCUACCUACCUCUUCCCUUCCCCAACAUCACCUACGGUGGUUGGGGGUAGAAACGGUUGCCGAGGAAAGGGCCCAAUGGAAAGGAGUCAAUACCCAAUGGACCCACUCGCCGUGCCAACACAGGAGUCUGUGCCCAUUUCGCAUGCAGUGGAGUUGGGCAGGUCAUGGGACCCUACAGCGGAUUUGGCCAUGAGGAUGGGCGUUUUUAAUGGCACCACUCUGCUACCUUUACUGCGGUCGCGCAGCAAGUUUGAACACCUGUUGCAGGAAAUGCUUCGGAAGGAAGUUGGUGAAGAAGGACAAGCAAGAGAGAGGAAAAACGAGGUGCCCAUCAGUGCCGUAACAUGUCGAUGGUGCUCACAGGUGUUUCCCAGCGAAGCGUUGCUAACGCAUCACGAGCGGUAUCAGUGCCAGGGCAUUGUGAACAAUCCAUUGUCAAAGCGACCCAAAAACGGAUCUCCACUGAACUUCUCUCGACGCUCAAACCUGCCGUGUGACACCCAGACGUCACCAACCACCAGUAACAUGCCUUAUAGACCCCUUUCCUCGCCUCAGCGGGCAUCCUGGCAUUCCGUGCCACAGCAGAUCCUCGUGCCUUUACCAACACCAGUAUUAUCCCGAGAGAAACACUGGCCACUUGAAGAAACGAGUAGUCCGAGAAAACCAAAUUCCAUUGACCCAACAUCUCCAACGUUAUCUGAAUGCCAACACCUGAUCACCUCAAGGUUCGGUUCACCGCCUUCACCGCUGUCUUUUAAUACCGCAUCGCCACGUCACUCGAGCCAUCAUAUUACGGUAUCAGGAUCGAUCCAGAACGAACCCUUGGACUUAUCCAUCCCCAAAGCCCAAUCUACCUCCGUAAGCAUACCACGAGAAAACAGAGAUCAGACUUGUGAUGGCUACUCGCCGCAGCGAGAGCGACCUGACAUGGAUAGUACGAUCAAGAGACUGACUCCGCUCUCUCAGCAGCAGGUGGGCGGGGCUUAUGCAGCGUCACCACUCUUUGGAAGCAUGGCUUUUAGCAACUACCCCCUCUUUAAUCACAUAAUACCUGGCAGUCUAGCAGGAAUGGGGCACAGCGGUCUUACAUCACUGUCUCUCACACUGCCAACACCUAGCCCAGGGUUUUACUCUCCAGUGGCGUAUAUGGUGGAGACGGAUUCAGAAUCGAUGUUGAAGAGAAUACAACACGAAAGACAUUCAGUGAUGAAUGAGGCUUUGAAUCGUGGCGGUCUGGAGUGUCUGUCUCUGAUGGAGGACGGGAUGGAUGGCGAGAUCGGCCCCGGGAGAAAGAGAAUGAGGAAGACGGAGGAAGGACUUUACGCCUGCGACAUCUGCGACAAAACCUUCCAGAAGAGCAGCUCUCUCCUGCGCCAUAAAUACGAGCACACAGGGAAGAGACCCCACGAGUGUCAAAUCUGCAAGAAGGCUUUUAAACACAAGCAUCACUUGAUCGAGCACAGCCGCCUGCACUCCGGAGAGAAGCCGUAUCAGUGCAAUAAAUGCGGUAAACGAUUCUCUCACUCCGGCUCGUACUCACAACACAUGAAUCACCGCUAUGCAUUCUGCAGCCGCGACAGCGACCCGGACGCACCCGGAGAGGACGCAGCACUGGGGGACGGCGUUCCAUACCCGAGCCCCGGCACGGAGUGCCCGGACAGCGGCACGUAUCUCAGCGACUCCAGUAUGGAGGGAGCGCCGCUGGAGUACAGAGAGGAGGAGGAGGAGGAGGAGCAGGAAGAGGAGAGCUCACUCAGUAAUCAUAUCCAUGAGAGAGGGAUGACAACAGAUGCACAGCGGAUACAGGAAGAAACGGAGGACAGAUCCGUAGAGGACAGACAAGACACAGAACAACCAGGAGAAUCUGAUUAAAACGGAAGACGUGGAGAGGACAAACGAGACGGAGUGAGAAGGGAAGCGUCUCCGCAGUGUUUACCAAAGAUGUGAAAAACAUGUUUUAUAGACACUCUGGGAUACGUGGCAUUUUUGGCAUCCAAAACAAUGUGUCAGAACAACAGAACUGUGACGUAACUCCAAUUAAAGUGCUUUUAGGUCAAUGCCAAAUAACUCCGAGACCACAAGUGAAACUUUGAUCUUUGAAUGUGGUCUCAGAGUUUUGGUGCCCGCUGUAUAUUUCUCCCAAAACAGAAGGUUUGACGGGGUUUUGAAAUAUGUUUACAACUCAGCCAACUUAGUAAACGAGUAUUGAAUGAAUGAAUGAAUGAAUGCAUAUAAAAGCUCAGGAGCACAUGUUCAUGCACACAUCCAUCCAUCAGCUCAUGCUCUUGUUUUGGGCACAUAUUUCUAUUCUUCAAGUGUGAUAUUCUGAGGAACAAACUCUAUAACUGUAGCUUUAAAUUAAGGGAGUGGCCUGGAAAACACUUCAGGAUGAGCCUCAAUGAAAACGGAUGGGACCAAAUUAUUUUUUUAAGCAAAUAAUCCUGUUUAAGCAUUCAAAAAGUUCUUUCAUACUUUCAGAAAUGCAAAAUAAUGCAGUGUUCAAAAAUGUUUAUAUAUAUAUUUGGAGUAAAUUCUGGGGGGCCCGGGGCCUCCACCGCCCACCCUUGGCUACACCACCGCUUCAAACAUUUAUGGGUCCCACCCCAGUGACGGCUCUUGUACCUUUAAUUUAGUUUUGUUUUCCCCAAGAGUACAUCAGUUACAAAUAAGUACUGGGGAAAUAUUUAAAUAUGUGAUAUUUUAAUCAAAUAAAUAUUUUAAUGUUCACAGUUCACCGAGAGUGAGUCGAGGUUUACUUCAUGAACGCUUCACUUCUGGAUCAUAAAGAUCAUAAAAUAAUAUGAAGAUAACGAGAAACAUUUGAACCUCAGAUCAGAGUUUCACCUUCAUAACACAAGAUCUGUUUAAACAGUCAGACUAAUCUCAUCUGUCAAACACAAAACAAUGUUGCUGUUUUAUUAUUGUGUACAUGAUGUUAAACUAUUGAGUCAUGGAGAGACAGACAGACAGACAGGCAGAGAGACAGAAAUACAGACAGAGAGAUAGACAUACAGAAAUAAAGACAGACAGACAGACAGACAGAGAGACAGACAGAAAUAAAGACAGACAGACAGACAGAAAUAAAGACAGACAGACAGAAAGACAUACAGAAAUAAACACAGACAGACAGACAGACAGAAAGACAUACAGAAAUAAAGACAGACAUACAGACAGACAGACAGACAGAGAGACAGACAGACAUAAAGACAGACAGA